UUCUUAUUAACUGGGUGCUCCCAAUUGAAAGGCGCUGAUGUCUGAUGAUGUCACAGUUGGCUCGUACACUUAGCUGCAGUGAUAUGAAAGAGGAAGUAGGCUACAUUGAUUGCAUGGCGGUUUUAGGAAAGUGGAUUGAUUGUCCUAAGGACGAUGUUCAGUAUUAUGAUGUGGGGUUUUAGGAUUCUUAUCCUUUUGCUUUUAUGCUCAGGUUUAAAUGGAUUUAAAUCUUUUCAUGAUGUUCAGUGGCUUCCUUGUCAGUUUGUGGAUGAGAAAGUGCACGUGAAUGAGGAGGGUCACAUAGAGACCCAGUAUAUUUAUAGAAAAGCGGCGAUUCAGUUUGGUAAUAUUGGUGACAGCCCUUUAUACCCCACUAUAACCUUUCUUGUUACUGCUUCUAAAGUAGACAUGAGGCGUUAUGUGGAGGGAGGCGAUGAUGACAAAUUAAACUGUGAGAUCCGUAGAUACAGCACAGUAGAUAAAGUGCAUGCGCGGUGGCCUACUAUGGGUGCACAAGAGUUUGAUGUCUGGUUCAGCUGUACUUUACGUCAUACUAAAGACGAGUUCAUCAUCACCACUUUCCUCAGACGCACACCUUCUGAUCCUGCCAAAGGAAAGGUGGACUAUCUUCAAUGGUUAACAGUUAAUGAUAAGGAUCUUCUGACAACAUCAGCUGCGAUGGUUGUCCUGACACGGACCCCUUCUGUAGAAGUGGGGUUUCUGAAGGAGCCGACCCUACACUGUCAGUUUGCAGUGGAUCACAAGAAUCCCAAUGUAACAGUGGAUUGGAAACUUCAGAGAAGUCACGGGAAACGCAGCCAGCUGUUUAGCUACACCAGCCGUACAGGGACAUCUGAGGGUACAGGAGUGUCCGUCAAGGCCAUCGGUGUCGGAAACGCCUCCUUUAAACUUUCACCCACAAGAAAACAUUCAGAGGGCACUUACAUCUGCUCCAUUCUCGUCCCUCCUCUUAGUUGCAGCCAUAAUAUACCUCUUCAUCUAAGAGAACAACCCCGUGUGUCUUUGAAUGUGGGCUCUACGUUGUCUCUGACACUUGGUGAGGGGCAUAAGGUUGCGUGUGAUGCAGAAGGAUACUAUCCAAUGGAUGUGAACAUUGAAUGGUUACGAGAACCAGUCAGCGACAACCCGUCACCUGUGUUACUGAAAAAUGUUUGGCACUCCAGUCAUCGGUUUCAUCACAAUGGCACAUACUCGCUCUCAGCCUUUCUUCAAUUACGGCCUGGCCUGGGGGACUCAGGAUAUAAGUACACUUGCAAAGUAUCCCAUACGUCUUUGCUUGUACCCAUUCGAAAAAGCUUCAUGCUUACAGUCAUAGUACCUGACUUGACUAUGUGGUAUAUCAAAGUCAUUGGACUUAAUGGUGUCAUUUUAGGAAUUGUUUUUAAGCUGCUGCGUCAAUUAAUUGCUUCUCGAAAAGCUCCCUUUAAGUUUCCCGACCCUUUGGCCUGUGUGGCCUGCGUUUGAAGUCUAGCUGUGGCGGUGCAAAGAUGCAAACGAGAGACUCUGAUGUAAUCUGAUUCCAAAGAUGUGGUUUGAUUUGCGUAAAAAGUCUCAAAAAGUGGAUUCCUCUUGGUAGAGAAGACCAGCUGAGGGUGCAAAGGUCAGGAUCAGACACCCUUCCCUCCAGGGCUACACGAGAAGGGUCAGAAGGCCAGAUUCCCAGCCUUUAAAAACAGUGGAAAUGGAAAAGCAUUGCUGGCCACCGCCUUCCCCUGAACCCCCUCGUCAGCCUGCUGUCUUCUCGGACGCCCUCUGGACCAAAGUAAUGUGGGAAGUGACGUCAACCACACCGUUUUAUCAGGUCCAUUGAAGGGAGCCGUAAUUUUCUCUAUCUCUUUAACUUGUCCAUCUUUUCUGCCUCUGUUUAUCUUUCUCCCAUUAGUCACUUGUGUCUAUGACCCUCUCAUCUAAACUGUCAACUCAAUCAUGUGUGUUUGUACAAGAGCAAGACUUGUCGAUAGCUUUGGUGCCAUUGCAGCACUCUAUGUCCUUUCUUUUCAUUUAAUAAGGGGUGGUAUAAAUUAUAUAAAUCAAAUCAUAUUUGGUGUUAAUUUAUCUCUCAAAUGAUUUAAUUUUUUGACAAGGCCUUAGAUAUCAAGGUUUUAUUGUUACAGAAUGUUCUUUACAUUAUGUAGGGUGAUUUUAUGUUGUAAAAAAUACAUUAGCUGGGUUUGGGAGUCACAUUCCUGCCAAAAAAAACCAUCACAGAAAUUGUAUUGGUUUUAUUGGGAAUUUUAUUGGUUAUAAUGGAAUAUGGCCCAAAACACACUACAGUGUAUUGGUUUUUGUUGGUCUCUAAUGGUAUGUAUUGGUUCUAUUGGUUCUAUGUAUUGGUUCUAAUGGAAUAUGGCCCAAAACACACUACAGUGUAGUGGUUUUAAUGGUAAAAGCUAAUGGUUCCUAUUGGUAUUUUAAUGGAAACCAUUAGAAUUUUCUGUUAUGGUUUUAUUGUUUUUUUUCAGCAGGGAUGUCUUCUGAUGGGAAGCGAUACGUUUGUGAGAGAAAAGAGUUUUAAACAUAGACUGUAAAAAAGAUGGACGAUGCAACGUCGCCUCCCUCCAUUGUAAUGAAUUGAAGCCAAAAAUGUCCGACCAUGGUCACCGCCAUGUUACGUAAAAACGUCAGUUUGGAGUUAAGGCAUGAACAGAAGGAAUCAUCCGUGGAGCCAGAGUCGGAGCCGCAGUAUCAAGCUUCCGCCCAAACGCUCAGCGUGCCCAAUUUAACCAUGCCAAUCAUAACGACACGCCCCGUUUCUAUAGCAUCAAAUUACUAGCUAAAAUGAAACUUAUCACAAAAAUGAACAAUUGAACAUAUAUUAGCGUGAUAACAACUACUUAUAAGGACCAAAACCAUCUUUCAGAAACUUUUAUUGGAAGUGUAAAUCAUUUUUUUUAGAGCAGAGUCCCAUUCGUUUGAAAUGAGAGGGCGGGGUUUAUGACUUGUACUGCAGCCAGCCACCAGGGGGGCGAUCAAAGAGCCAGCGGCUUCACUUUUCAAGACUUAUGAGGCACACCCGGUUUUAAAGCAAUCAUUACAGUACUUUGUGGAUUAUUGCGAGAGGCGAAGUAGUCA